AUGGCCUAUGAGACCACCACCACCCUUGCCGACGAGUGGCAUGGCCAGUUCGGAAAGGCCGUCAGGAGCCUGGGCCUCACGUGGCCCACGGGAAACCCACCGGGCGAGAAGCCCCACAGCUGCGAGGAGUGUGGGAAAGGCUUCCGUCACCUCUCCUUGGAGGAGUGUGGGAAAGGCUUCCGUCACCUCUCCUCCCUGAGGAGGCACGCGCGCACCCACACUGGCGAGAGCCCCUUUGCGUGCCACCAGUGCGGAAGCGCCUUCUGUCACCAGUCCUCCCUCAAGACCCACGUGCGGACUCACACUGGCGAGAAGCCGUUCACCUGCGGCCAGUGCGGGCAGCGCUUCAGCACGCGCUCCUACCUGACGGUGCACGUGCGCAUCCACACCGGGGAGAAGCGCUACGCGUGCGCCGACUGCCCCAAGGCCUUCAGCAGGAGCUCCUACCUGCGUGUGCACCAGCGGACCCACACAGGCGAGAAGCGCUACCCGUGCGGGGACUGCGGCAGAGCCUUCGGCCACCCGUCCAACCUCCGGCGGCACGUGCGCACCCACACGGGCGAGAAGCGGUACAGGUGCGGCCGCUGCGGCAAAGCCUUCGUGCAGAGCUCCUCCCUGGUCGUGCACAGCCGGACGCACACCGGCGAGAAGCCCUACCCGUGUCUGAAGUGCGGGAAGGCCUUCAUCGACACCUCCUCCUUCCGGAAGCACGUGCGGACCCACGCCAGGGAGAAGCCGCACGGGUGCGUGCAGUGCGGCCAGGCCUUCAGCCACAGCGCGCCCCUGGCGGUGCACAAGCGGGUCCACGCGGACGGAGACCUCGGGAGCGGGCUGGACGCGAAGCUGCCUUUAUCCUCCGCGUCCCUGCCGUAG